UUUUUUAACUUUAAUGGCAAGGUUCCAGGCUACCAAGCCCCGCACCGAUCCUUGUCAUUCCCACUAGAGCACCCAACUUCCCAUCUCCUCCAAAUUUAGAGGCCACCAAAGCUAAAACACUAGACGUCUCUCUCUCUCUUCUCUCCAUUUUGAACAGCUUUUUCUGAAGUUUGAAUUCCGAGUUACUGUGAAAAGAAGCAAGAAAAAGAGUGGUAGGACAUGGCUGGGUACAAGCCCGAAGAUGACUACGAUUACCUUUUCAAGUUGGUUUUGAUUGGCGACUCCGGUGUGGGCAAAUCCAACUUGCUUUCAAGGUUCACAAAAAACGAGUUCAAUCUCGAGUCUAAAUCUACUAUCGGGGUUGAGUUUGCCACUAAGAGUUUAAGGAUUGAUGGCAAGGUCAUCAAGGCUCAAAUUUGGGAUACUGCUGGACAGGAAAGGUACCGUGCCAUUACAAGUGCUUAUUAUCGUGGAGCUGUUGGUGCUCUACUUGUUUAUGAUGUCACAAGACAUUCUACAUUCGAGAAUGCAGCAAGAUGGUUGAAGGAACUGAGGGAGCACACUGAUCCAAACAUUGUUGUCAUGCUCAUUGGCAACAAAUCAGAUCUUCGACACCUUGUAGCAGUUAAAACAGAGGAUGGGCAAACUUUUGCAGAGAGGGAGUCCCUGUAUUUCAUGGAGACUUCUGCCUUGGAUGCAACUAAUGUGGAAAAUGCCUUCACUGAAGUUCUUACCCAGAUAUAUCGUAUAGUGAGCAAGAGGGCUGUUGAGGGAGGUGGUGAUGGAGCUUCUUCUGCUGUUCCUUCAAAAGGAGAGACAAUAAAUGUCAAAGAUGACACGUCUGUCCUCAAGAGAAUCGGUUGCUGCUCAAGCUAGGGUUUGUCUUGGAUUCUGGUUGAUUUCCCAGCAUCGGUUUAUUUCUUUUUUAUACAGUCACAGGGAGUAUUGACGUCUAGAAUGGUAGUCUUGUAUGACAGUAUUGUCUUCAAUGAUAGUCCCAGAGGCUAGAUUGCAGAAAAAGUGACUAUAAUAACCAGACUUUGUGGAUUUCUUCCUUCUGUACUUGAAUUUAAGCAGUCAUAUCUAUUGUUUUAUAACAUCUUUAAACCCCUGAGGCAUAAAGGUUGGGGUUUCAGGUUUUAACCCUCAA